UCAUCCGCGACAUUAUGUUUAUUACAUGCCUUCUUUCGGUGCUGGGCUGCGCUGCGCUUGGCCAGUCGAUCCCCGACGCAGAUGCAGUGAGAAACGAUUCGGAGCUUGAACUGGAGCCGGAAGGUGCUUGCGACGGCGGUGUUUUUCGCCUUGAGGCUCGUCGAUAUGACGAACGUCUCACAUUUGUACGGGAGUGUCGUCUUGUCGGCGUGCCGGGCACAAUAAUUGCUGCUCCGGUGUGUUUCUUGGAAAGUGGCUGGUUGACUGGCACGCUGGUUUUCGACCAUGGUGGCUUUGCAUGGCAUGAGUCAUGCGUUGUGGCAGUGGAAACACUGACUAUUUCGGGCGAUGUGGUCUUUCGGAAUUGCCAUUCCAAUUUUACGGGUGGCGCUCUCAGAACAGUGCAUCCUGGAGUGCAUCCUCGAUUAUUCGAUCACGGGCGAGUUACUCAAGUCUCCGGGCGGCUCCAUUUCGAGAACUGCAGUGCCAUGCACAGAGGCGGUGCUAUUGCAGCUUGGAAUGUGGAGUUGCGUGGGGAGGAGGUGAAUUUUACAAACUGCAGAUCAGACCUGGGCCGAGGUGGAGCCAUCUAUGCUCAACACAGCGUGAAUGUCACGGCUCAGUAUGCAACCUUCCAGAGCUGUGAAGCCCGGUCGGGUGCGGCAAUCUGGUCUGAUGCUGGCUUGGAGCUAAACGGCUGGUCCAUGACCUUCGAGGACUGCGACUGUGUUCAGGGCCCUGGAACAAGACACACUGCUGUGCUGAGAGCCGGGUUCCGACAGCCCGCGCUGCUUGUGAACACGAGGAUUUGGAAGUCAUUGUGUCAUUUUGGGAUCGAUGCGAGUGGAAGUGACUCUCUGCGUAUUCAAUCGUGCAUGUUUGCGUGGCUGCGAGUGGGAGCCAUCGUUGCAGACUUCGCUGUGGAUGUCAACAUUGAACGCGCAAGCUUCGAACAUUCGGUGAGGUUCCUGAAAGCCCGCAGUGUGCAGAGAGUGCGGCUUCAAAGCGUUCAUGCGCUUUGCACGCCCCCUACUGGAACUCGAUGCAUAGACCUGGACUUCUGGACGGACAGGGCGCGAAUCCAGUUUGACAAUGUUCAACUCCACCACAGAAUUUCUUCCAACUUGGGUGGGGAUUCGAUAUUGUUGCAUUUUCCGUUUAAUGCCGUGUGGCUGCCCGGAUCGGCCAAUCCAAUGGACUUGACCUGCUCCCCUGGGUCCUAUCCAGAAUUCAGCCUCUCUGACGAAGACCACUGGGAAGUGAAGACGGUGCCCAGUCGAGGGAAGAGACCGUCGAGUAUGGACUGCUCAACACUUGUCCCUGCUGGUUGCUGCAUGAUCUUGGGCGGUGCUGGGCAUGUCCUCAACCGUUCGGUGUACAUGGUUGCCGAAGCAUGCACCACGUCCUUUCCAUGUCUUUGCCUGGACGCAUUCUGCAACUCGUGUACCGUCCGAAGCCACAUGAGAGUCUUUCGGGCCACCUGUUCCCCCUGUGAAUAUGGAACUGUGUCGCCCGGAUUUGUCCAUAUGCCGCUGGCAUUCCACACUAUUGCCUUGGGUGCAAGGCAUUAUGACAGAUGGAUGAAGAAUAGCUGCGUCGACUGCACCAGUCUUGCGGAGUCUGUCGACGCCCUGAUUGCAUGUGGGAGGGGCAAAAUUGAGGUACCGCGUGGUGUCAUGGUAACUUUGCAUUAUGGGCCGGAAUAUCAUGAGCGACAGCAAUUGCGUGCUUGGCGCUGUCCGAACCCAUCCGCCUGCCCUGGGCAGAAUCACAUUCUCGGAUGGCACGGACUGGCGGACCAGUGCUCUGCGGGCUAUGCAGAAGGUAUUGCUGGCUGCGUGACUUGUGCUAGUGGCUACGGCCGGAAGAUUAGCGACCCAUUUGUUUGUCAGCAGUGCCCGCCCAAAGCAUUUCAGUGGAUGCUGCUGGCCUUGAAGCAUGUCGGUCUCUUCGGCGUCGGAAUGAUGUCUGCUCAAAGAGCUCGACGGCGGACGAGUGUGAUCUUCAAGAUCAUGGUCUCCUUUGGGACGGCCUCUUUCAUGUCCAGUUUCGCCUGCAACUGCAUCCUCCAAGCCGUCUCGCGUCUCGAGGAGUACCACACAGCGAAGGUAUCCCUACGAAGCUAUGUCGGCCUCACAGAGACCGUGAUUUCGUCGACAAGUUUGUACAGUCAGAGCUACGAGUGUCUUUUCAACGUGCGGCUCUUAGACAAGAUGGGCUUUUGCGGCUUGGUCACAAUCGAAGUGUCCCCGCCUCUCCUGCUGCUGCUGUCUUGCUGGAUCUGGACUUGGGUCGCAAGCCACUGUGGCUUUCGCCAUCGAGAGGUUGUCAUGAUACAAGGCACCCUCGUUCUCGGCAAUGCCUACAUGGCCAACGUUUGUGCCGGCUUCGCGAAGCCACUCUCAUGCUUCCAGAUGAGCAAAGGUCUCCGCGGCACCAAGCCGCUGCAGCGCAACUCUUUCCUCGUUUGGGAGGAGUGCCGCCCCUUACAUGCGCAAGCGAUUGCUGGAGUUGGCAUCUUUGCCUGCAUCCUGAUCGUGCCCGUGUAUUGGCUGGAAAUGAUUCGGAGGUCGCGCGACUGGCACUCUGCAUCGCGAAGAAAGAUAAUGGGCUUCCUGGUAUCACACUACAGACCUGGAGUAGAGUGGUGGGAGCUGGUUCCGUUGCUUCGGAAGGUGUUGUUGCUCCAAGUGAGGGUCUUCUCCCCCCCAAGCUAUGCUGCCUCGACCAACCUCACCCUCACGCUGGCUGUCCUGGCAAGCAGCCUCUUGCUGCACGUCGUCGUGUGGCCCUACGAGGACGCCUACCUGAACCGCAUCGAGGGCUCCGCCCUUGCGGCUAGUGUCACGGCGCUGCUGCUAGCCAGCUUGGCGGUGACCCAGGAGUGGGACAAGAACGAAGCCUUGACGUUGAGAUAUUUGCUAUCCUUGUGCAUCGUGCUGGUGAUCGGCACGAUGACCCUGAUGGUGCUGCUGAUAAGAUCGCUUGUUGAGCAGGUGCAAAACAGGAGGCGCCGGAGGGAUCCAGCAUGGACGGUGGAGAUGGAAACUUGCAGUCCGGGGAACGGCCCCUCUUGCUUGUCCACUUUGUCUGAGAUGACACAUGGAGAUUUGUAA